AAUUCGGAAACGAACGUAACUGCGACGCAUGAAAGUACCGAAGAAGUUGUGGAGAGAAGCCCAGCGCAACAGCAUAUAGGAAAUAUCGAAAGAAGGACAGGAGAGACGGUAAAAAGAGACGCAGGGCGGUGGAGCAGAUUCUGGGGGGAAUGGGGGAGUGUAGAACUAGAGAACAAGGGCAGUGUUGCUAGGUACUAUCUGGCCCUAGAACGUACUUUUCUAGCCUGGCUCCGUACAUCGCUUUCUCUUGCGUCCAUUGGUGUAGCGAUAACCCAACUCUUCCGUCUAAACUGUUCCCUGGAAUUCGACACCUCCAAAAAACCCACAAACGCCACCGCGGACUCGCGAACGCACUCGCAAUACGAGAUGCGACGUCUAGGAAAGUCGUUAGGUACAGCAUUCAUUGGAGUCAGCAUCUUGAUGCUCUUUGUUGGAUUCCACCGGUAUUUCGAGGCACAACAUUAUGUGAUCCAAGGAAAAUUCCCGGCUUCGAGAGGUAGUAUUAUUGUCGGCUCGGCAUUAGUAGUAGGACUUAUUGUAGGUAGCUUAGCAGCGAUCUUUGCCGCAGGUGCUGCGUAA